CUUUCCGGCGUGACGCCGCAUCACGGUGAGGGCGGCCGGGCAGCGGCUCCCGGAGCGCCCGGGCGCUGAUGCAGAAAAUCAACAGGAACGUGGUCCUGGCGCUCCUGUCGCUGACUAGCCUGGUUUUCCUGCUCUUCCAGCUGUACUAUUACAAGUUCUACCUGUCGCAGAAGAAUGGAGCAGCUUUUUCCAAAGUCAGAGGAAGCCAGUCAGGCCAAGACAGCACUCGAUGGCAUGUGGUUAGGAAGUUCCUAGGAUUAAUAUCCAGUCACAAUAUUCCAGUGUAUUUGAUCGAUCCUUUGAUUUUGGGACUGGUUGAUAAAGACAUUGAGCAGAUCAGAAGCUCUCCUGAUGGCCUCAGCCCGGAAUGCAAGUACUUCUGUGCUCCAAGAGACUUCACUACGUUUGCACUGCUGGACAAAACAUGGAAACAUGAAGUGGGCCUUUUUAGAACUGCUGAGAAGAUGGGGUUCCAGUGGCUAAAGAUCAUAAACAAGGACCCCCGCCUGGAUGGGAUGGAUGACCUGUCUGGGGUGGAAAUUCCCUUGCACUACAUAUUCAAACUGGCAUCCCAUGCCAUUCACCUGGUGGUCUUCUAUGAGAGGAGUGGCAAUUUCCUCUGGCACGGACCCCUGAGACUCAAGAAACACAUGGACAGAAAGUUUGUGCCUUUCCGGAAACUCCACUUUGGUCGCUACCCUGGAGCGUACGAAAAGCCAGAACUUCUGCUUGUUUCCAUUGAUGACUUAAAAGUUCAAAUUCCAAAAAAUCCGUCCAGUUUUCUAGAGGAGAUGUCCCACUCUAGAUUUCUUGAAUGUAGGUACAGAGAAGCUCGGGCUUUCUUUCAGCUCUAUCCUGAUGAUGCCUCUCUUGAUGCAGUGGAAUUCAGGAAAAAGGCAAAAUCCUUGCUUCAUCUGGCUGCCCUGACACUGAAUAACUUGGGAGUAAAGUUCUGGCUGAGCAGUGGAACGUGUCUCGGCUGGUAUAGACAGUGCAAUGUCAUUCCUCACAGCAAAGAUGUGGAUUUGGGAAUCUUUAUAAGGGACUACAAAGCAGAUAUCAUUCCAGCCUUCCAGAAAGCUGGGUUGCCACUGAAGCACAAAUUUGGCAAGGUGGAAGACAGCUUGGAACUCUCCUUUCAGGGAGAAGAUGAUGUGAAACUUGAUAUUUUUUUCUUCUAUGAAGAGGAUGACCACAUAUGGAAUGGAGGAACUCAGGCCAAGUCGGGCAAGAAAUUUAAGUAUCUCUUUCCCAAGUUUACUCUGUGCUGGACUGAAUUUGUGGAGCUCAAGGUCCAUGUGCCCUGUGAAACCCUGCAGUAUGUGGAGGCCAACUACGGCCCAGAGUGGAAGGUGCCGGUGAAGAUGUGGGACUGGAAGAGUUCACCCUCCAACGUGCAGGACAAUGGAGUCUGGCCUGUUGAUGAGUGGGAUGAUGUCAUCCAAAUCUACUGAUCCCUGGCUGCUGACAGAGUCUGUCACCAGAACUGUCACUUUGUGAUUUCCCAGUGCCCAAAGGCAUUGACAUCUGUUCCCUUUGUAACGCCUUGUGUGUUUCCUAAGGAGACAUUUACCUGCCUUUGCUUAACAGGUAUUUUCUUCAACUUCAUCGUGCUUUUUCCAGGUGGUUAAAGGAGAAGAUGAAAAGCAACUGGAGGGAAGGGAAGCUGAAAGGAAAGCUGCUGCACAAAGGGAGUAGAGAGGACUGCAGUGGACUUACGGGCAGUUGACUGUUUAAAUGUAAACAGUGGCCAGGUGGCUUCGACAUUCCUGGGAUCAUCAAAACCUUCAGACUGUUCAAUUCUCAAGCUUGAGAGAAGGUUAGGAUGGGAGAAUCUCAGAGAAGUUCCUCUUUUUUCAAUGGAGAUUGUGUGACUGUUUAACUUCAAAACACCAGAGUUACGAGUACCUCAGAUGUGCUUGAUUUGGGACUGAUACAUCCCUACCAUGUGCAAGGGGUUGCUCUGGGGAGUGGAAUGUUUCUGUUGCACAGGAGCCAUGGGACCACCUGCUUUACAUCUAGGAGGUAUCUGGUAAUGGUGUAACACUAAAUGAAUGGAAGGAGAAACUAUCCACACUGGACAUUUUUCAAUUUGCUCUUUUCUUCUCUAAGAAUGUGAAGGUGCAUGCUGCUGGGAUGGCUUCCCCAUGAAAAAAAAUAAAAGUCUGGUUUAAUGUCCCA